AUGCCAGGCUACAUGCGCCUCUGGCAGGGUGCAGGGAAUAUUUGGCUGAAGGCGGAGGGAGGGCAGGAUAAACUAGUGCCAAGAAGCAGCAGUCCAGUCAACGUGUACGUUGAGCUUCCCUGCAUCAUUGAACAAGCUUUUUCAACAAUUGCAUGGGAUGAUUUGGAAGACUGUGCGUCUGUGGUGAGACGAGAGAGCGACUCCCUCGGCUCUCAGGUGAAUGAAUCUGAUGUAGAUGACCAAGACUUUGGAGAUUAUGCGCUGGAUUUCAUGGCAGAUUCUCCUGCCACGUUGGAGAGCAGUCUGUCUCCAGCUGAACUGUUACCAUUUCAGGGAUGUAUCAUACCUCUCCUCACCCCUCAGCGGUACUUCUCUUUGGAGGACAGGCUGGUUCACUCUUCCACAGAAGCAGGCAACCCUUCUGCCCAAGAUGGAGAUCACUGGCAGGGCUUUGCCCAGUGCCAAGGCAGAGUGUUGGGAGAUUCAAAGGAAAUCAAUAAUCAGAUAUUUGUCUCUGUGUGUCUGCAGCUCCAUGAGACUCUACACCGAAAACAGGAAGAGAUUGACUCCCUUCAGGAGAGAAACCUUCACCUCAGGCAGCUAGCCACCCGUGCAAAGCACCUGGCCUCAGUGCUUGAAAAACUGAUGACAGUCAGAGACCCAAAUGAACCAGUGAUGUCUUGUGGUAAUAAAACUUCCCUGAGUCCCUGUAAGCGGCAGCGACUGGAUGAAGGAUAUGAAACUGAGUCUUCUGAUUCAGUGGAGGACAUGCUGAGGGACGUCAGCACACGCUGCAAUGCCGUCCUGCACAGCGCUGCUCCUGGAACAAGACUACCGCAGGAAUCAGAGACUAUACGCAUGUACGGUGCAUUCUCAGGCCUACAGACUUCUAUAUCCAAAGACAGCAGCUUGACGGUGGACGGAGCAGAGCCUGAAGAGAGCGUCUCAUCUUUCAGAACUUCUAUUAGAGAACACUGCACCAUAAGGACUCAGGUGUUUCCUCACGGACAUGCCUUCACCUCGAGGACUCAGCAGGGAGGAUACCGCUUCCGCUGGGUCCCUAACCACAGCUGAACCAGAGUUAACAAAUGUAAAAUUGGAUCCAUUAAUUCUUCUUAUACUAGUCAAGACUUGAAGGAAGUAUGGGUGGGCAGUCACUGUUAAUGCCUAACUAAUAAUCUAUAAUGAGAUCUGUAAAUUAUUAAAUGAUGUCUUCCUCAGGUAGCUUUUAAGCUAAUCAGUCAGAGGGGGUGUCUGACAAAGGAAAUGACACUGCCACAGCUUUUGUUUUCAUUGUGUUUCUGUUUACAUGCCUCAAAAUGUAAUGAUCAUAUAAUGUCAUGUUUAUUUUCACACAAUACGUUUUGCCUUGGAAAA